UUUCUUUGCUGAUAACAUCAUCAUCGUCUGAUCUGCACAGUUUGUUUUCAAUAGUUGCUCGAUAAUUAACAAUUAAAUUAGUGGCUGAAUCUCGGAGAGUGUUUUGCGAAUUGGAGGGAAUUGAAGAAAAGGGAAAGGAUUUUGCGUGAAAUGUACGUUUGAGGUGUGUCGAAAGUGAAAUGGCUCACAAGAAACCGCUUCAUAUGGGCAAGACCCUGACCGAGCUGGAGGAACAUUUCAAGCUAGGGAAGACGAUUGGCCACAAGAAGGUGCUACAGCUAUGUACGGCGGCAAACCGCGUCAAGGAGCACGCCGACCGGCAGUAUUUGGACCGGGACGAGGAGCAGGCGUACGUGUUUUACAUGAAGUACUUGAAUUUAAUUUCGAUGAUCCGGAACCACGGCGAGUAUCGGGAGAAGAAGCACGAGAUUUUGGAAUCUCUGGGGAACAACUCCCAGAUGUUGGUUAUUUACGAUAAGCUGGAGAAGCUUAAGGAUAGUCUGGAGCAGCGGUACAGCCGGUGUGGCGUGGUCCAGGAACGGGAGCUAAACAAGCAACGGAACCAGCAGGACAACAUGACGAUUAUUGUGACCCAGCAGAAGCUUUCGAUUAAUGCUAAAGAGCUGUUGGAGAUGAUUCGGGACUCGAAGACGAGCAUGCUGAUCAUUGACUGUCGGGCGGAGAAGGACUUGCAAGCGUCCGGCAUUCGGUACGAUCACGUGGUGGGCGUUCCGGUGCAGCUGCUGGUGGCCGGAAUGACGGCUGGGAAAAUUCACGAAAAGCUGCCCCCCGAGGACAAACCGCUGUGGUCGUCACGCAAGGUGAAGGAGCAAAUUGUGCUGAUGGAUUACUGCACCGAGGGGAACCUGCGGAAGGACACUCCGCUGUGGGUGUUGAACGAUAUUCUCAACAACUGGGAUCAAGAUGUGGUCUACAAAAAACCGUUCCUCAAGGUUGAAGGAGGCUACAAGAACUUCCAGCUGUGCUAUCCGAUGUGCUGCCGCAAUCCGUCCUACGUCCCGUCGACGAUGGAGUUCAACGAUGAUGCACGGCUUGAGGACAUCGAGUAUCCCAACAUAAGCGAGAUUCGAAUGAAGGACGAUAGCUUUGGAUCGAAGCCUCAGCCGAAUCGACCGGCCGUCGACCGGAACAGCAAGGUGGCCGCCCUUCACGUGUACGAGAGCAAGAGCAAGCCGAUCACCGAGCUGCUGGAGGAGCAGGAAAAGCUGAUGGACAAAUCCAUCCAGAACGAGCGCGAAAUGCUUUCGACGGAGAAUGUGCUGAAGCAGAUUCACGACAAUCAGGAGAACGUCAUGGAUGACAACGAGAAGUUCGAGGAGAUCAGCACGUUAAAGUACCAGCUGAUGCAGAUGGAGGACAAGCAGAAGGAAUUUAUUGCUGAGAACACUAGACUGAAUGAACAGGUUCAGGAGUACAAGAUCCAGGAGCAGAGCUGGAGAGAAAGUGGCGAACGGAUCUCGGCACGCGAAGCCGAACUCCUGGAGCUUGAAGCUCAGCGAAGAAUCAAGGAAAAAGCGGACGAGCAAAAGCGCGUCGAGCAGGAGCGCGACCGGCUUGCCCGGGACCGACUCGCCCAGGAGCGGCUCGAGCAGCGGCGCGAAGAAAUGCUGCGAAUAGCUUACGAAAACAAGCGUCGCCUCUCGCAGCAGCCGCCAACGGUGGAGACUAACGUGGAAGAGAUUCGGCCAAAGGUGCCGCAGUUUGAUCGUGCGGCGAAGCCGUCGGCAAAUGCUGGAGUGUCGGCGGCGGCGGAUUACAACCAGAACGUGUACCGCGAGGUGCAGCGAGACUUUGCGCCGGUGUACGGCAGCGUGGGUCGCGGCCUGACGGGGCUGAAGAAUCUGGGCAACACCUGCUACAUGAACAGCAUCCUCCAGUGCCUGAGCAAUACGGCCUUCCUGCGGGAGCACUUCCUCGAGGGCACCUUCCGGCAGAAUCUCAACAGGAGUAACAAGACCCAAGGCAGGAUUGUUGAAGAGGUGGCCGCCGUCAUUAAAGCGUUAUGGCUCGGACAGUACAAGUGCAUCGCCAGCAAAAACUUGAGGUACGUCGUUGGCCAGUACGAGCGCCAGUUUGGGGGAAUCGAGCAGCAAGAUUCGCACGAGUUUCUCACCAUCCUAAUGGACUGGCUCCACUCGGACAUCCAGACGGUGCCCAUUCAGCAGUACAGCAGCUUGGAGGACCUGUCGGCGUCCGAGAAGGCGUGGAUCGACUACCUGAAGGGCAUGGAGAGUUACGUUUCCAAUCUGUUCUACGGCCAAAUCAAGAGUACGGUAAAGUGCGUACGCUGCGGCAAGGAGAGCGCCACGUACGAGUCCUUCUCCAAUCUGAGCCUGGAACUGCCCCAGAAUGCCAACCGGUGCCAUUUGAACAACUGUCUGGAGAUGUACUUCAACGGCGAAAACAUCCGCGGCUGGAGCUGCCCCCAGUGCAAGAGCAACCAGGAGGCGAUCAAGAAGCUGGCCAUCUCGCGGCUUCCCUCGAUACUGGUGGUCCACUUCAAGCGGUUCUACGCCGACCCGGAGGCCAUCGCGACGGUCUACAAAAAGAAGCAGAACUAUGUCAAGUUUCCGCUGCAAGAGCUCGACAUGACGACCCACAUUGCGCCGUCCGAGCUGAGCCGGAACAAGACGUUGCGCGCCCGCCGGUACCACCUGUUCGGCGUGUCGAACCACUACGGCUCGAUGGAGAGCGGCCACUACACGGCGUUCUGCAAAAACACGGUCCAUCAAAAAUGGUACAAAUUUGACGACCACACCGUGACCAGCCUGGACACGUCGGACGUGUGUUCCAGCGCUGGCUACAUCCUCUUCUACUCAUCCCUUCCAGAAUCGCCGGAGACGCAGCAGCACCAGAUUCGAUAGGUUUUUUAUUUAUAGGUUUAUUUUUGUUAUAGCCGUACUUGUUGAUAUUUCGGUUAAUUUUUGAUUGGAUGGACGAUCAAUGCCGCACGAUUGAGCGUGAAAUUAUUAACUAACAAUUUUAGCAGAAGAAAAAUAAACACAGUUAAAACGCCACCAGAAUUAAGGCGAUGAUACUGUUGAAUUUCGCAAAAUUUCCUCGCGACCCGGCUAAAAUCUGGUUAGUGUGCAAUCGAGAUCGCUGACCCAGCAGAUCUUACCUGCUGGCAGUGAGGCAUUUAGAAGGAAUCAGUGUUCCAAAUCGGCAACUUUUGGGUAUACUUUAUUUGAGUAUUUACUAAUAUAUACAUAGAAACAACAUUGUGGAAACGAUGGUCCUGUGAUUUUUCAAUCAAAAUACGAGGGAGAGAGAAAACAAUAGGAAUGGAGAACC